CGGGGCUGCGGCGCCAUGGAGGCGGUGGACCAGCUCGCCUCCGCGGGCACUUUCCGCGUGGUGAAGGAGCCGCUGGCCUUCCUCAGGGUGCUCGAGUGGCUUUUUGCAAUCUUUGCAUUUGCAACAUGCGGUGGCUACUCGGGAGAGCUGCGCCUCAGUGUGGACUGUGCAAACAAGUCAGAGAGUGACUUCAGCAUUGACAUAGCCUUUGCCUACCCCUUCAGGUUGCAUGAAGUGAAUUUUGAUGUUCCCACGUGUGAAGGCAAGCGCCGAGAAGAGCUCUCCUUGAUAGGGGACUUCUCCUCUUCGGCGGAGUUCUUCGUCACCAUUGCAGUCUUCGCCUUCCUCUACUCGCUGGCUGCCACCGUGGUUUAUAUCUUCUUCCAGAACAAGUACCGUGAAAACAACAGAGGGCCUCUAAUUGAUUUCAUUGUGACAGUGGUCUUCUCAUUCUUGUGGCUAGUGAGCUCAUCUGCUUGGGCUAAAGGACUGUCAGACGUAAAGGUUGCGACUGACCCAGACGAAGUGCUGUUACUGAUGUCUGCCUGCAAACAGCAGUCCAACAAAUGCUUGCCUGUUCGCAGCCCAGUUAUGUCAAGCCUCAACACUUCGGUUGUCUUUGGCUACUUGAACUUUAUCCUCUGGGCAGGCAACAUUUGGUUUGUGUUUAAGGAGACAGGCUGGCAUUCCUCGGGCCAGCGGCACCCUGCAGACACCAUGGAGAAGCAGCCCAGCAGCUAUAACCAAGGUGGCUACAACCAAGACAGCUAUGGGCCAGCCGGUGGCUACAACCAGCCAGGCUCCUAUGGCCAGGUGGAUGAAUAUGGCCAGUCCCAGGGCUACAGCCAGAGUGGGCCAACCUCCUUUGCUAAUCAAAUUUAGGGUUCACACAGCACGAGCUCUUGUAUCCCUCACAGGUAGAGAGUUUCACAGGUCUCAAGUUACAGUGGUGCCAGAUUUUUAAGGGUUUUACAUAAAUUAAUACUAGAAUGCAGUGUUUAGUGUUGAUUGAAGAUCUAAGCCCAUAUCCUGAGGAAGAUGGGAGGUGACCAGUGGGCUG